CGAAAGCAACCAGUUGUUCCCUUUUUCGUAUUUUCUUUUGCUGCCUUGGACCUUCCCCUCCCCGUCGUCAAAAUCCACAGCCACCAGCCACUGCUCUGCUCACCCUACCCCAUGGCCGACGCCGACGAUGAUUGCCGCUCCCUCCGCUUCUCCGACGAUUCCCUCUUUCUCGGCUUCGAUUGCUCCACCCAGUCGCUCAAGGCCACGGUGCUAGACGCGGGCCUCGCCGUCGUCGCCGCGGACUCGGUCCACUUCGACUCCGAGCUGCCGCACUACGGCACCGAGGGCGGCAUUCGCCGGGACCCCGCCGAGCGCGGCCGCAUCGUCUCGCCGCCGCAGAUGUGGGCCGAGGCCCUGGACCUGCUCCUCGACAGGCUCAGCCCGCGCGUGGACCUCCGCCGCGUCGCCGCCGUCUCCGGCAGCGCGCAGCAGCACGGCAGCGUGUACUGGGGCAAGGGUGCCGGCGCUGCGCUGGCCACCCUGGACCCUGCCAAGAAUCUGGCGCCGCAGCUCGCGGGCGCGUUCGCGGCGCCGGAGUCUCCGGUGUGGAUGGACAGCAGCACGACGGCACAGUGCCGGGAAGUGGAGGCGGCGAUGGGUGGCCCGCUGCGGCUGGCCGCGCUCACGGGGUGCCGUGCGCACGAGCGGUGCACGGGCCCGCAGAUACGGAGGAUGCACCAGACGAGGCCGCGCGUGUACGACGCCACCGAGAGGAUCUCACUCGUGAGCUCGUUCAUGGCGUCGCUGCUCAUCGGUGCGUACGCCUGCAUCGACGAGACCGACGGCGCCGGGAUGAACCUCAUGGACAUCGCCACGCGCCAGCUUCGCGAGGACGCUCUUGAGGCUACAGCUCCAAAUUUAGAAGAAAAGAUUGGGAAACUAGCACCAGCCCAUGCUGUCGUGGGAAAGAUAGCUCCUUAUUUUGUUCAGAGAUUUCAGUUUGCAAGCAGCUGUGUAGUUAUUCAGUGGUCAGGGGACAACCCCAAUAGCCUUGCAGGCCUAACUUUGAACAAUCCGGGUGAUCUAGCAAUCAGUCUUGGGACAAGUGAUACAGUUUUUGGGGUCACUAAUUCGCCUGAACCAACCCUGGAGGGGAACAUCUUUCCUAAUCCAGUCGAUCCCAAGACUUACAUGGUUUUGCUUUGCUAUAAAAAUGGAUCUCUAACACGAGAAGAUAUUCGCAAUCGUUAUGCUGAGAGAUCAUGGGAUGUGUUCAACAGGUUGCUUGAGGAAACAGCCCCCUUGAAUGGAGGGAAGUUGGGAUUUUACUACAAGGAACAUGAGAUUCUCCCUCCACUUCCUGUUGGAUUUCACCGUUACAUUAUCAAGAACUUCACUGGUGGAUCUUUAGAUGCGAUGGUGGAACAUGAAGUUGAUGAGUUUGAUCCUGCUUCAGAGGUGCGCGCGAUAAUAGAAGGGCAGUUCCUGUCCAUGAGGGGUCAUGCUGAGAGAUGUGGCCUUCCAGUACCUCCAAAGCGGAUCAUAGCAACUGGUGGUGCAUCAUCAAACCCGCUAAUUCUCGAGACAAUGACAUCCAUUUUUGGCUGUCCAGUUUACACUUCCCAAAGAUCAGACUCUGCAUCUUUGGGUGCUGCUCUACGAGCAGCCCAUGGGUGGCUAUGUAACCGGCAAGGCGAGUUCGUGCCAUUCUCAUGUGUGUACUCAGGCAGAUUGGAUACAACAUCACUUAGCAUAAAGCUGGGUGUUCCUUUUGGGGACUGCAAGGGAGACACUGAGCUUCUGAACAACUACACAUUGUUGGUGAAGAAGAGGUUGGAGAUUGAGCAGAGGCUCAUCGAAAGAUUUGGUCGACCAGAAUGAAGUAGUUACUGGUAAAAUCUGUCUGCUGAUGAUAUAUGCUUUUGGUCCCAAAUUUGAGUCUAGAAGUCAUAGCAGUCUUGACGACAUGAAGUCAAGAACAGACUAUCUUAAGCACAUCUGCAGCUGAAAAUAGUAAUAUAUUUGGAAAAUUUGGAAAGAAAGAAAUAGAAGAACCUUCCAAGGAAUGCAGCCUAAUCAGGUUUCUCUUUUGACAAGGGAGGACGUCAUUGCUAAAAUUGGUGCGGCAGCAGUUAUAGUAUAGAUACCCUCUUUUUUGCAGUUAUCUGCAGCUAAAAAUAGUAAUAUAGAAAUUGAAUCAGAAGUACGGUACCUGUAAAAAUUAGACAUCGACAUCAUUAGCCUAUUGGUGUCAGAUUCAUAUUUAGUUGAGUAUUUUUAUUCAUUUUCAAGUUUUGUACCUGAUCUAGCCCUUUUUCAUUAUUUUUGUCAAUUUUUGUACUGUACUAAACUCUAUGCCAGCUGAGCACUAUACUUGACACAGUUCUUGAUGGCGCAUAUCUCCUUUUGGUCA